GUGGCACCAAACAAACAACCAAUCAAAAAUGAAUGAUUGAUUGAAUAAUAAUCGAACCAUUUUAUAAAAUUGCACCAGUAUAUAUUGUGUACACUGUACACACACACACACAAAAAAAACGCAAAGAGAUAAAAUACUACCAUAGUGAAUAUUAUAGCCAAUUAAACUUGAACCUCGUGGCUUUUUUUUGUUGUUGUUGUUGUUGGUUGAUUACCAGAUCACGCCAUUUCUAUGGUGCAUUUUUUUUUACUGUUUUGUGCCAAUAUUUAUAUAAAUGAAACAAGUUUUUUUUCCGUUUUUUUUUCUCAUCAUCAUUUAAACACACACACACUAAAUAUAUACAUUGUUAAUAGUUGCAACGUGUUAAUUAAUCGUGUGAUUUGUUUUUUUUUUUUUAUAGAGAUUUUCAAAUUUUCAUUCUCAUUCACAAUCAAAUCAUCAUCGAAUCAUUCAAUUUCAAAUUUUUCCUGUGUCAAUACAACACUAUAAUUUGUGGAGAAAAAUUAACCAUGAUCAAGAUGGACACAUUUCGUAUGAUUCCAUUUGAAGCAACGAAUCCUUUAUCGCCUAAUUAUAGUUAUGUUUUCAAUUUUGAAAAUGAAUUCCGUUAUCAUAAACGUGUGGCAUGGAUGCGUGAACAUUGGACCGAUUCAUUCUAUUGGACCAUUAUUUAUUUAUCGUUUAUAUUUUUUGGCCGCAUUUAUAUGGAAUCAAGACCAAAACCAUUUCGUUUAAAAUGGCCAUUAAUUUUAUGGAAUUUAAUGUUGGCCACAUUCUCCAUUAUGGGCACUAUUCGUGUAUGGCCAGAAAUGAUGCAUGUAUUACGAAAUUAUGGUUUCUAUCAUUCAGUCUGUUCUAAUUCUUAUCAUAGAGAGGUUCCAAUUUCUAGUUUUUGGACAUAUUUAUUUGUAUUGUCUAAAGUACCGGAACUAGUCGACACUGUAUUCGUUGUAUUACGUCGACAGAAAUUGAUAUUUUUACAUUGGUAUCAUCAUACUACUGUAUUGAUAUUCACAUGGUAUUGUUAUGCCGAUGAAACUUCUGUAGCUCGUUGGUAUGUUUAUAUGAAUUAUUCAGUUCAUGCAAUGAUGUAUUCAUAUUAUGCCAUACGUGCUGCUGGAAUACGACUACCAAAACCGUUGGCAAUGUCGAUUACAAUGUCACAAAUUGUUCAAAUGAUUAUUGGUGCUAUUGUUACAUUCUAUGCAUAUUAUGUACGACAAAUCAAAGGUCAACAAUGUAGCAUUUCAUUCGAUCGACUUUAUGCCGGUUUAGCAAUCUAUAUUUCAUAUUUAAUGUUGUUUGCCAAUUUUUUUAUCAAAUCAUAUUUCUCAUCGAAACCAAAAACUAUUACUAAUGUCGAUAUAAAGAAAACUCAAUAAUCUGAAAAAAAAAAGAAA